GUGCCCAAAACAGCUCCACCUCCAUCUCCCCAAAGAUGGUCUUCUCUGGAAUCUCCAAAGUUCCAUCAAUUUAUUUUUGGGUCUUCCAAGGUUUUAUCUUGUUGGGCUUGGCUUCUGCGGUAGCAUGGUUAAGUCUAAUCCCAAAGAGUCCCAUUUGCACCAUCACUGAUCUCCACGUUCCUGCCUUGGAUGGCCAUGAGGCCCGUAACUAUUCUACAUUCCAUCGGCAUGAAAUCAUCAGAAACACUUCCCUCAUCUUCAACCUCACAGUCUCAAACCCCAACAAAGGAAUCGGCAUAAAUUUCGAUGACAUCUCCGUGAUCUUAGGUGACAGUAAUGGUACCAGAAUUUGGACAGUAUCCGUCCCCGGCUUCUACCAAGGUCGCAAGAAGGCUACUUCGCUCAAACUGGAAGUGCCCAUUAACCAGCAGUUCUUGAGAGGAGUCACGGGUGCAGGGACUACAGGGCUGAAGAUAGAUUUGCAUACUGCAGUUAGGUAUCGAAUAUUUGGAUUGAAGUCGAAGCAUUACGAGAUUGAUGUUGGAGGGUAUGCACGUAUAGAUUUUCACAGGAGGAUUGUAGGGGAGAAAAAUGUAAAGCUGCAUAAAACACUCAAGCUGAGAAGAUAUGGGAAUUGAGAUUUGCUUGGCGGUUGGGAUGCAAAUUUUGUUGCAUGGUUUUGUUAUUUUUAGAAUAGAGUUCAUUUGUGCAAACAUACUUUGCUUUCGUUGUCUAUCUGAAAUUACUUUGUCAUUAUACAAGGAGGAUAUGUUAGAUAUGAUACAAUUUGUGCC